CAAAGGUCUGGAAACCAUGCCCUUUGAGAGACGGGUGCAAGGGCGCUGGGCUUUUUUUGCGUGGAGAAGAAAAGGCUGAGAGGGCUUGUGGGAACCAUGUUUAAACAUUUUAAAGGAUUCUCCAUUGACGAGGGGAAAAGCUUGCUUUUCAGCUGCUCUACAGACUAGGAUAUAAUGCAGCCAUGGAUUCAAAUUGCAGGAAAAGAGAUUCCACAUGAACAUUAGGAAGAACUUUCUGAAGGGCCCCUCCAUUUAUGGACCCUCCCCUGGACCUUUAACCUUCAAUGAUGGUUCUGCCAGUCUGGCCAAAAUGCUGCUACCGUGCCCGGCUGCUCUGGGGACUGCUCUCCACCCUGAUGGUUCUCUUGAUCAUUCGCUUUUUGAUCAGUGGGGGCCAUGAGGAGCUGUUCUCACACUCACUGCCUUACUUCAUGCUGGGCAGGAGACACCCCAUCAGCCCCCCACUCCUGCCCUCCUCAGAUGACUUCCUCCUCCUGCCACCACCUGAGGUCUGCUCCCCCAGGGCUCCUUCCCUCCUGGUCCUGGUGGCCAGUGCCCCUCAUCAUGCAACUCAGCGACAGGCAAUCCGGUCCACAUGGGGAGGGGCCCGCUGGGCUGGGAAGUUCACAGUCCAGAUUUGCUUUGUCUUGGGACUGCCCCGGGAACCCUCGCUUCAGAUGGUGCUAGAACAGGAGGCAGCUGAACACCAGGACCUGGUCCAGGGCCGCUUCUUGGACAGCUACGGCAACUUGACACUCAAGACUUUGUCCCUCAUGGGCUGGGCAGCCACCCACUGUCCUGGUACCCUCUUCUUGGUCAAGGUGGAUGAUGAUAUCUUCCUCAACCUGCCCGGCCUGGCUGAGGAGCUGGAACACCACAUCACCUUGGCACCAACCUACCUAGGCCAGAUCCAUUGGCGGGCCAGGCCCAACCGGGACUCCCACAGCAAGUACUACAUCCCCACCAGCCUUUAUCCAGCAGAGCGUUUUCCCCUCUACUGCAGUGGCGCAGUCUAUGUCCUUUCAGGGGCUGCCGUACCCAUUUUGCUGGGAGCUAGCCGCCAUGUGCCCCUGGUGCCUGUGGAAGACAUCUUCGUGGGACUCUGCGCCCAUUGGGCAGGCAUCGCCCCCCAGCACCUGGCCCGACUGACUGGUGGGGACCACUUCCCGCCAGACCGCUGUUGCUACCAGGGGAUUCUCCUCAGCGUACACAAGGUGACUCCCAUCGAGAUGGCAGCUGUCUGGGACUCGACCACCCCCUACAAGGAGAUGUGCCAAGUCUGGCAGUGGGCACUGGGGUACCUGUGGUGCAAGGCCCUGGCCUGGAUGGCUGACCUGUGAGCCAAGAGGCAGCUGAGUGUCUCUGGACAAAUGGGCAUUCAGAUGAAAGUCCAUUUUGCAAAACUGUACCCCCAACUCUGCAUCCGCAAUUGU